AUCAGGUAGUGAGCUGUUGGAAAGUGGUGGUAGCACUGGUUCGUUGGUUGCAUUGCAGAACACAGAGAGGGAGAGAAAACAUGGAAGAUUCUGGAGCGAUUCUCGCUCACAUUUCAUCUCUGAAGGAAAUGCUGGAUCAGGUAAACGAAGAGAUGGAGGCUAAUAUUGAGAUUACUCGAGAGAUUGAAUCCAGCAUCGUCAAAUGCGAGGAGAUCGAGGCUGAUUUGGCAACUAGGGAAGCCGAUUUGAUCAAAACCUCUGCCAUCUUGCAGUUCGACACAGUUGGAUAUGUCACCGUCGCUGCAUUACAAGUUCAGAUACAGAGGAGUACCUGGGAGAAUGAGAAAUUGCUUAAGGAUAUCAGUGAUUUGAAGACUACACUGCUUUCAGCAAUUGGGACCAGUGAUGACGGUCAAUAAGUUCCUUUCUUUAAGAAAUUAACAGGAGUUUCAAGUCAAGUAGUCAGGUUUUUGUCAUUACUGAUAUUUUACUGAAGUUUAGAGAUGGAUAUAAACUUGGAAAGUUACUUAAAGAACUAAACGUCAGCCUAUUUUCCUUGUUCUGGCAAGUGAUAAGAACAAAACAAUGCCAGAAUGCUAGUCCGUUUGGUUCAUUACUAAUUAGCAUCAUCAUAUCUCAUUCAUAUUCUCUUAUAUUACUUUAAUUUAACCUAGAUACGGAAUAUAUGAACAGUAGCUUCUAGCAAGUAAAUGGCCACUGCGCACAUUUGAAUCGAAACUAAGUUAUGGUCACAAAGUCCCAAGCGCCAGAUACAGGCAAGCAACAACUAUAAUGAAGAGUUGAAGAAAAAAAAAAUGAAGCACGUGUUAUUGCUCCAUUGAAGUUGGCAGGUGUAAAGAACUGCAACCAGCUCCGUGAAAGAUUGUUUUCUUGUUGAAUUAUCUCCCUUGCGGAGUAUGAGCUUUACAGGGCAACAAACUCUUAGCGGUGAAGCAGCUUUUCACGUUUGGAUACAGUUGCUUCCUGAGGAUUAUGCUGCCUCACAUGUGGGUUAUGGCCACUAGCCUGUGUUGGUCAACUACAGACUUCACAAGCUUAUAGAUUUUGAAUUGGUACGACAACAUUAAGACAAGGAAGUAUUUCCAUUUCGUACACUCUCUGUAUGUACUUUAUUUUCCCGCAGGGAGUGCUUGACAUCGUUCGUACCUGAAAAGAGACUUCCUCAUAUCAUUUUCUAGCUCUCAGAAGGACAAAUAUGCUCCUUUAAGUUGCUCUUUUUGGGUAGGGGUCCUGCUCGUAGUCUCCACAAGCUUGUUUAUUGAUAUUACGUAAUAGUAUGUGACUGUUUUGUCACCAUCAGCUUCAGUUUGGGACCCAUAUUUAGAGCAUCGAUUCUGCUUAAGUAUGACAGUAAGAAACAAACUGGGGCUUUCAGGUUAUUAUUUGUGAGUAAGGUUACUCAUAAAUGAAUGAUAAAAUCAUUCAUCAAAUCGUGAAACGGCCAACCUUUUCUUCAAAUUACAAGGUAUUUUCCCACUUGAAACAGGUUUAUAUACUAGCGUCUCUGUUCAUUUUUAACU